AAUCCAAAUAAAAUAAAUAAAAUUUUCAAAAAUUUAAUCAAAUUUUUUUUAAAAAAAUGGGUCGAAAUCAAAGCAAAAAUAUUAAACCAGAAUUAUUGGAAGAAUUAUUACAUGUAACUGGAUUUAGUGAACAAGAAAUCUAUGAAUGGUAUCGUGAUUUCAUCAAAGAAUAUCCAAUGAAUCAUUUGACAAUGAGAGAAUUUAAAAAAUUAUAUGCAAAUUUUUUCCCAUUCGGUGAUCCAAACAGAUUUGCUGAACAUGUUUUUCGAACAUUUGAUUUGAAUAAUGACGGUACCAUCGAUUUUAGGGAAUUCAUGUGCGCCAUUUCGGUAACAUCGAGAGGUCGGGUGGAACAAAAAUUACGAAUGGCAUUCAAUAUAUAUGAUGUUGAUGGAGAUGGUUAUAUUACACAGAUGGAAAUGUUAGAGAUAUUUAAAGCCAUGUAUAAAAUGUUGGGUAAUUCGAUUAGGCUCGAAGAUGAUGUGGCUACACCGGAAAAACGAGUGGAAAAAGUAUUCCGACAAAUGGAUAGGAAUCAUGAUGGAAAAUUAACUCUAGAAGAAUUCAUCGAAGGUGUCAAAGAUGAUCCAUCAAUUUUAAGAUUAUUGAAUGUUUUUUGAAUGUACUAUAUAUUUUGUUAUUUUUAAAUUUUUUGGCAAAUUUGAACAUGUUUGUAUAUUUACGAUUCUACGAGACAACUUGCAUCGUAUGAAUAAUGUAUCCAUUUGAUAUAACAUGCAUGCACACAGAAAAAAAGUGUGGAGACUAGUCUCCAAAUUUGGAGGGAAAAAUCUGCAAAUUUGGAGACCUGACUUCAAAAAUGAAGAGAAGUGGAGACUGGUCUCCAUUAUUGAAGAGUAAUCGCCAAUUUUGGAGACCAAAAACAUCAAAUUUGGAGACCGGUCUUCAAUAUUGAAGAUUCGUCUUCAAUGAUUGAUAAAUUUCGAUUGUUAGUUAAAAAUUGUAAAUUUAAUUGGAUUUUUACAAAAAUAAAUUCAUAACUUAGAAGAAACAAUUCACUAAAAAUUGUUUUUCGAUUGUUUGUUAAAAAAUGUAAAAUUUAAUUGGAUUUUUACAAAGAUAUAACUUAGGAGAAACAAUUCACUAAAACGAAGAUGAUAUCGAUAAUGAUCAAGAUGGUCAUCCAAUUCAACAAUCAAUGGCUACAAAAAUGGCCAUCAUGAAUCGUCAUCAGCCUGCUAUAAUGAUUGAUUCAUCAUCAUCAAUUCUUUCAUCGAACGAUUCACCAAAUAUGAUGAUAAUGUCACCACAAUUACAGCAUCAUAAUUUUUAACACCAUCAACAACAACAACGGAAUAUUGUACAUGUGACAAAAAGUGAUAAUAAUUGAAUCAAAUAAUUUUUCGUAAAUUAAAUCACUAUUUUAUUCAUUUAAAUAUUAAUUAAAAGUUGAGUUAUAAAAUCAUAACAAUUUUAGUCGUAAAAUUUAAAUUCUUAUAUGUCAAGAAGCAUUCGACGAUGAGCGAAAACAGAUUCGAAAAUAGUUUUGAAUUUGGUCAACAAAUGAGUUAUUAUGGAAUCCAGAAUCAAAAUUCUCCAUUGGAUAUUCUUCUAAAAAUUUUUUUAGAGUUGAAUUUGACUGUGAUAAGUCAUUGAUUUCUUUAUAUGAAUCACGAACCGAUUCGUAUGCAUCGAGUAGCAAAUGUAGCAAACAUAUCAUCAACGUUCAUAAGUGAAAACAAACAUUCCAAUGUUAGCUUAGCGUACGAAAUUUGAGAUGAGGACCCAAAACGACCCAACCACAAAAACAAAAUCCUC